AUGUCCAAGACGGCUUUCCAUCAGAAAGACGACAAGAACACCGGGGCACUUGAUAACGAAGCUCCCGAGGGCCAAGUUCACGAUGACUCUUACGUGACAGGUGAAAGCGAGCCUAUUCCCGUCCAGGGUGACGACGAUGCCGUCGCGGAUCCAAUAAAGGAGACAACGGCAGAUUCCGACAAGGCGUUGGAACGAGACGAAAAAGAGGCGAUUGACAAGUCCAACAUCAUCAGAGACAGGACCAGGGGCGCGAAGCCGCGUGGUCAAUAUACAGAGCCGGAUGACAGCCAGCUGGGGUUGACUGAGUAG